GUCUCAUAAUCCCUUCUGUUCCCUUGCCGUCUUCCCCACCCCCACCCUUCAUCCAUGCAGCGGGGAGCCUGUGUGUGCAGGGAGGGAUGGAUGGGCAAUCAUUGCAGCGAGCCUCACCCCUGUGGAGGCAGGCCCUGGAUCGCUGGGGGUGGUGCUGCCUCUCUGCCUCUGCCCGCCUUGACCAGAACGGUUCAUGCUGUGAGAGUGGCCGAGUGGACGCCUGUGGAGUCUGCAAUGGCAAUGGAAGUGCUGUGGACAUAAGGGGAGACUGCUGCACAUCGGGUCUGAGGGACGACAUGGGCGUGUGCUGCCCCUCUGCCCGCCUCGAUGCGUGCGGGCGAUGCGAUGGGGACGGCACCUCCUGCGCGCUCCUCGCCACCGUUGCCAUGCGGGUACCGUUCUCGCAAUCAGUGGCCUCGCAUGCUCUCGAGCUUGCCUCCAGCACCGUCCAUCCCAGCUUGAAUGAUUAUGGCUCCCUCAACACCAGCACGGAUGGCGAUAGAGGCAAUACAAGUGCAGGUGACAGUGCAGGCAGCAGCAGCAACCAUCACUUCAGCGACUUUGCUUCCGCCUUCACCAAUGGGAUGGCUGAGAUCCUGGACGUUCUACCACAAGCCAUCUCCUUCCUCUCAAUCACACCAGCGCCAUGCCUGCCGGACUUCCCAGGAGCUUCGUUUCCAAACCAGCUUUCCUCAGCCACCGAACCUAACUCCCAGGCUGGGCAGCCUAGGUCUGGGGUGGAGCAAUCAGACCAUGCGUGGGAGUGGGAGGGGGGGUGUGGGCAGCUGGAUGACACGAACAGCCCCAGAGGCAUUUCAGUGCAAUUCGUUGCGCAACCCCUCGCGGUACGUGCCGUUGAUGUUGCUGUUGCUGUUGCUGCUGCUGCUGCUGCUGCUGCUGCUGCUGCUGCUGUUUUAGAGCUAAGCUAA